AAUCACUCGUGAAUAAGAAUGUCUUCCUUCAAUGUACACCUUGCAAUGGGCUCAUGUAGUGUCAGUCAUUUUUUUAGCUAGUAAUCCCAUGCUCUAAUUUGGAAUUUUAUGCGUGGUCAUCUCCUUGUCAGCUUACCACCAUAUACUCCCAUUAAAAUCAAACUCUUUUGUACGGAGUAUAUUAUUAAAUCAAAGAGAUGGGCCCUCUCUUCUCCAUGCUGAAUGUGGUGGACCAUCUUAUCUUUCUCAUCCUUUUCAUUUGUAUAAUUCCGCAUGGAAGAAACAAAAUAUGUCCAUUCUAAACUCAAUUGAAAUUGCUGGGCCCCAUGGAGAAAUAAGUGAGGGGUUACUUUCUGCACAACCCUAGCUUUUUUAUUGGACCAAGGUCAUUGUUCAUCCUCCUUGGCUCUUACUCCGUAACUUUCUCUUCUUUUUUUGCUUGUCUUCGCCUUUGCUGGGAUUGCACACGCCUUUCCACGAACCUGGAAUCGAGCAAGGCCCAUCAUCUUUGAAGCUCUUGCUCUUGGGUCAGACGCUGGUGUCGAUUACUCCGAUGACAAUACCACUCUCAUAGGCGGCUAAUCCGGGCAAUAAGUAAUCCGAUUCAAGUCCCAAAAACAAUGGGGUUCUUGUUGUGUGGAGCAGGUACUUCCUCUCUGGCCGCACAGACAAAACUCUAGCUUGAUUUUCAAGAAGCUUCAUCUGCCGUGAUCUUGGUUGAGAAGCUAUCCCGGCCGCAGGAGGAGGAGAGGUGACGGCACGAAGCCAGCCGCCGCCCUCGUAGCAAGAGGCCGUGUUUAUCCACGAUGGCCUGAUUCUCAACGCCGCCACCCUUUUCCCGACUGCAAGAGCGGGAGGAGGAGGAGGGAUGUCCGAGUGUGAAAUAUCUUCCCUAAAAAGAGGGCCAUUUGCCGGAGUGGAGGAGCCCUACAGUAUCUGCCUGAACGAGUUCCGCUGCGAGUCAUUGGUGGUUACUACCCUGCCGCCGCCGUGCGGCCAGGUGUUCUACAGCCUUUGAAUUGCCGGGUAGCUGCACAGGAACAGGACGUGCCCAUUCUUGCCUUUCUUGAGAUUGGAAUUUGGAAAUUCCCUCAAAUUAGAUAUUCUCAUCUUCUUGUUGUGGGAGUGGAUUGCAGCGGCGAUGGGUCCCGUCAUUGCGACGAAGGUGGCUUCAAGAGAUGGAGGACUGCAACCACGCUAGACAAUCAGCGGCGGCGCCUCUUCGGAUCUUUCUCUCUUUUUUUGUAAAAUUCAAGAAUAGCUUGCUCUAUGUGGCCCAAUUUCUAAUUCCUUAAUUUCUCUCUUUGAUACUCCAAAGCCCAAACUCUCCUCCCCCUUUUUUUACUUUCUCACCCUUUAGGCUCUAUCAGAUGGCCGAACAAAAAUGAAGCAUUUUGUUUAGGUCCGAUGGUCGGCGCCAAAAUGAUGGUGUAAAUUAUCGACCGGUAUAUCGAUUUUAGCUAGGCAAAAACGAUAAACGAGUCUGAAAAAUACACCAAAAUAUAAACACAUGAAUUUUGACGUGGAAACCCAAAUCGGGACAAAACUACGGCCCCUUUUUUGGCGGUAACUUACCAACAGGGAUUUUUAUUGAUAUCGGGGGUUGUACACAGUACAUAAUUUAGAUUGUACACUGUACAAUCUAGAGAGAGAAAGAGUAAAUGGCAGGGAGACGGAAUGAAUUGGCCUCCUCUUCUUGGUGGAAUACCUCUCCUUUUAUAGGAGGGAGGGGGAGCAUCUUCGAAGGAAUAUUCGCUUAUUCCUUCAUUUUACUAAGCAGGUGAUGCUCAUUCUCAAAUAACGUAGUGCUCAUUCUUAAGCUUACCAUCAUCACCUGCAUAGCAUCUGGGCAAACCAACUUUGCAUCUUCAAGUUUCGUGCAGUCGCCUUCAUCAUCUACAUGGACAUGAUACUUCCUCGAUUUUGCCAGAUCAAAAAGGGCCUAAUUAAUUAUUAAACAUGAUAGAUAACCUAGUUUGCAAAAUUUUCUGUAGAUGGCAAACAACAACAACCCUUUCAACCUGCGUUACAUCCUGGAAAACAACAAGUUAUCCGGGACCAACUUUCUUGACUGGGAAAUGAACCUUCGAAUCGUUCUUAACUGUGAGAGGAAACUCUACAUCCUCGAAACGGAUCCUCCCAAGACCCCUGAUGUUGAUGCUCGUGCGUUCGAACUCACUUCCUUCAAGAAGUAUGAGGACGACGCGUGAGAUGUAAAGUGUAUCAUUAUGGCCAGUCUAAAUCAAAGUACAUAUAUAGAUAAAAUCCUUGAUCGAUUUAGCAUGUCUAACUCAAAGAAAGGAUCUUUACCUAUGACACCUGGCACGGUUCUUUCCAAGAGCCAGAGUCCUUCUACUCCCGAGCAAAAGGAACUC